AUGGACAAGAGGGAGCCCACGCCCAAAGACUCUGGGCUUUCUAGUGACUCAGAAGAUCCAGCGAAGGCUACCCAAGAUGCUUUCCGAUCACGACUUAGGAAAUUUGAAUACCCUAUUCCUUUAGCAAUGGCAUCUCAACGCCGUUCGUCCCGCCUAGCGAUCGCUGGUGGUAGCCCUCUACGGGUCGAGCCUACUUCUACCCUUGACGGAAGUUCCAGUGGGAAAAGGCGGAGAACAACAAAAUCAGGCACAUUAUCAAGUUCAACUGACAUCCAAGCGAAGGAGGAAGAAGUGGAUGCCGAGCGGUUGUCUGAAAUCGCAACUACGAGGCCAAAGAAGAAACGCAGUACCACAAAAGAACGGUCCGCACAGGACCCACACAGCCCAGUCAAUAAUCUUGUGGAUAGUAUUCGGCCUGGCCUUGUACUCGUAAUGAUCGGACUGAACCCCGGACUGAUGACGGCAGCAACUGGCCAUGCAUAUGCCCAUCCUUCGAAUCGGUUUUGGCAUAUUCUUCACGCUAGCGGUGUUACGCCUAAGAAGCACAUUCCCUCAGAAACCAGAGACCUGAUGGAUUUGUAUCAGAUCGGCAAUACGAAUAUAUGUGCUCGGCCAACGCGCAGCGGUGAUGGUUUGACCAAGCAGGAGAUGGAGGAAGGCGCCGUCAUUCUUGACAGGAAGAUUGCAGACUUUCGACCUCAAGCCGUGGUGAUUGUGGGCAAGAGUAUCUGGGAGGCAAUCUGGAUGACGAAGAAAGGCCAGAAGAGGUUCAAAGACCCCGAUUUUCAUUGGGGUUGGCAAGACGAAGAAAUGCAGUUGGGCAGGAUUGUCGACGGCGAGGAUGUGGUAUGGCCUGGUGCCAAGACUUUUGUGGCGACAUCUACAAGUGGAUUGGCCGCUACGAUGAGGCCUGCAGAGAAACUCGAAGUGUGGAAACCAUUGGGGGAGUGGAUGAUGGCUCGGCGUCAAAAAGCAGAGUCGCAUGUUUCGUAA